AUCUACAAGCAAAUGGUGUAGUAUUUCUUUUUUUUGGGAGAUUUUUGUGGUAAUGGUUGUUUGUAGUUUAAUUUUUUUUAAUUUAAUGAAAAAAACAUGAAUUAAAAAAAAUCACAACAAAAAGGUCGGCGUAAAUGUCAACCACAACGGCUACUCUUUGGCGUGAUACGGAUUCUAUCACAGCGGCAGAGAAAUGUACCCAAAAAAAAAAAAGGACUUGUUUUACGGGAUAUUCUGACUCCUGCUCCUCUCUUAAGAAUUGAAUAGCAUUAAAUGGCGCAGACUACCCUUCUGAAUAAAAUGAUAGGGCCAUAAAUGCCAUUAGAUUUCAGGCCAGAAAAUUCACUAGAGGCUUAAUUUCUUCUCGUUUUAUUUUCUCUUCUCUCUCUCUUUUGUUUCUCUAUGCCGCUACUCCAAUCUUGAGAUGGAAUCUGCACUUUCAGCUACGGCGACGACAUUCACUCUCUUCUCCAUUUCCAGAGCCCUAAACCGUCAUCUGUCCAACAGCAAAACCCCUCUCAUUGCUCAAUGCUUCCAGACUCGUCUCUUCGCUCAGGGCCGAGUCGUUAGCCCUCUCGCCUCCCUCUUGUAUUCGUCUCCACUAAGGAGCUUGUGCGCCAACUCCGUUCCCAAACGCUUGCACCGCCGUUUGGAGUGCGUCGCGAGUUCCACUGCCUCUUUUAAGACCGGUGGCGGUGGCGUGUUUGGUGGCGGUGAUGGUAGUGGCGGCGGCGGCGGCGGUGGGGAAGGAACUGGCGGCGGAGAUUCAAAGGCGAAAUUGGGAGCGGGAGGAGCUGAUCAACUCUCUUCCUUGUCUUCCGAUGUCAUUAUUCUUGAUGUGGGAGGAAUGACUUGCGGGGGGUGUGCUGCGAGUGUGAAAAGAAUACUAGAAAGUCAAGCGCAAGUGUCAUCUGCGAGUGUCAAUCUCACAACGGAGACUGCAAUAGUGUGGCCAGUGUCCGAAGCCAAGGUCGUACCAAAUUGGCAAAAAGAGCUAGGAGAGGCACUAGCAAGACAUUUGACUAACUGUGGUUUUAAAUCUAACCUUCGAGAUUCUGAUCGAGAUAAUUUCUUCAAAGUUUUUGAAAGAAAGAUGGAUGAAAAGCGUAACCGCUUAAAGGAAAGUGGUCGUGAGCUUGCUGUCUCCUGGGCUUUAUGUGCUGUGUGCCUCAUUGGCCAUCUCGCCCAUAUUUUAGGAGCUAAGGCUUCAUGGAUGCAUGCAUUUCAUUCAACAGGGUUCCAUUUCUCAUUGUCUUUGUUUACCUUGCUUGGUCCUGGGCGUCAACUUAUCCUUGAGGGUGUUAAGAGCCUUUUAAAGGGAGCUCCAAACAUGAACACUCUAGUUGGUCUUGGAGCUUUAUCUUCUUUUGCUGUUAGUUCGCUAGCUGUGUUAAUACCAAAAUGGGGUUGGAAGGCAUUCUUUGAGGAACCGGUCAUGUUAAUAGCAUUUGUCUUGUUAGGAAGGAAUCUUGAACAGAGAGCGAAAAUCAAAGCAACCAGUGAUAUGACUGGACUUCUUAGUGUUUUGCCCUCAAAAGCUCGUCUUAUGGUUGAUGGUUCCAUUGUUGAAGUUCCUUGUAACAGUCUCUCUGUUGGAGAUGAGAUUGUUGUUCUACCAGGAGACCGUGUUCCAGCAGAUGGAAUAGUCAGAGCAGGUAGAAGCACCAUUGAUGAGUCAAGUUUUACAGGGGAGCCAAUGCCAGUUACCAAAGAACCUGGGAGUCAAGUUGCAGCUGGAAGCAUAAACCUUAAUGGAACUCUCACAAUUGAAGUGCGGAGACCUGGUGGUGAGACUGCAAUGGGAGACAUUGUUCGUUUGGUGGAAGAAGCACAGAGCAGGGAAGCUCCAGUACAGCGGUUGGCUGACAAGGUGUCUGGCCACUUUACUUAUGGAGUAAUGGCUCUCUCUGCUGCUACGUUUAUGUUCUGGAAUCUGUUUGGUGUACGAAUUUUGCCAGCUGCCUUUUCUCAAGGAAAUGCAGUUUCACUUGCGCUACAGCUUUCCUGCAGUGUCCUGGUUGUUGCUUGUCCAUGUGCCCUGGGCUUGGCUACACCUACAGCGAUGCUGGUUGGAACUUCAUUAGGGGCAACAAGAGGAUUGCUUUUGCGUGGUGGAAAUAUUUUAGAGAAAUUUUCUAUGGUGAAUGCAAUUGUAUUUGACAAAACAGGAACCCUUACUGUUGGUAGACCUGUUGUGACAAAGGUUGUAACUCCAGGCGGCAUGGACCAUAGAGGUUACAGUCAAAAUUUAGAUAAUAUUUGGUCAGAAGAUGAGGUUCUCAAGUUAGCUGCUGCUGUAGAAUCAAAUACUGUUCACCCAGUUGGUAAAGCUGUUGUGGAAGCUGCCCGGGCUUUAAAAUGUCAAAAUAUGAAGGUGGUGGAUGGAACAUUUGUUGAAGAACCUGGAUCUGGUGCUGUAGCUAUUGUUGAUAAUAAAAAAGUGUCAGUUGGGACAUUAGAGUGGGUUCAGAGGCAUGGAGUUGGCGAGAAUUUGUUUCUGGAAGUGGAUGAGGAGCUUAGGAAUAAAUCUGUGGUGUAUGUUGGAGUUAAUAAUACCCUCGCUGGUCUUAUUUAUUUUGAGGAUCAGAUCAGAGAAGAUGCCAAGCACGUUGUUGAUUCUUUGCAUAGGCAAGGAAUCAGUGUUUACAUGCUUUCUGGGGACAAAAGGAGCACUGCUGAGUAUGUUGCAUCAAUUGUUGGAAUUCCGAAGGAGAAGGUGCUGUCUGAAGUUAAACCCAGUGAGAAGAGGAAGUUUGUAAGUGAACUUCAGAAGAAUCAAAAUGUUGUAGCUAUGGUUGGUGAUGGAAUCAAUGAUGCUGCUGCCUUGGCUUCAGCACAUAUAGGAGUUGCUAUGGGUGGCGGUGUUGGUGCCGCAAGUGAAGUAUCUUCUAUUGUAUUGAUGGGCAACCAGCUGUCACAGUUGCUUGAUGCUUUGGAGCUAAGCAGGCUAACAAUGAAGACGGUGAAGCAAAAUCUUUGGUGGGCCUUUGCAUACAACAUUGUUGGGAUUCCGAUUGCUGCUGGAACAUUAUUGCCGCUUACUGGGACCAUGCUUACUCCAUCAAUUGCCGGAGCCCUUAUGGGUCUCAGUUCGAUAGGGGUGAUGACAAAUUCGUUGCUUUUAAGAUUCAAAUUUUCCUUAAAACAGCAGCAAGCAGCAAUUUAUAUUAACACUGAUUUUGUAGAGGAUCCAAAGGGAAGUUGAAGAAACCUUAUUCUAGUGCAUUAUGACAUAAACCUCAUUGAUUCCAUGAAAAAUCCUUCUUGUCUAAAGAACAUCAGAAUUUUUGAAGAAAUUGUGUAUUUUCAUCUUGUUGGGGAUUAAACUUUUCAAUGUUUCCACUGUAGUGU